AUGCCUCUCAUUGCUAUCUACAAUCCCGCCUCUGGGGACAGAACUGCCAAGGCAUCAUUUUUUAAUCCUACUUGUCAAUUUUUUGAUGACCAUGUUCAACCGUUCCUCGCUAGUAAAGGUCAAGUCGUGGAUAAGGUUUUCGAAACAGAACGCCCAGGCCACGCCGGCGAAAUUCUGUACAGAUAUCUAAAGGAUAAACAAGGCGAUCUCACUGUAGUUUUGGGCUCCGGUGAUGGGACCCUCCACGAAAUAACUAACUUUCUGUCUGCGACCAAAGUCAAGGCAGAGGGGUCCUUACCGUUUCACCUUGACAUUGUCCUUGUUCCUUGUGGGACAGCCAAUGCCCUCUACUCCUCUCUUUUCCCACCCGCUACCGACGCUCUAGACGUAGCGUACAAGUCGAGGGGCCUCGAAUCCUUUAUCUCUGGCUCCAAUACCAUACCACUUACCAUCGCAAUCACGACGAUAUCGUCUCCACCCUCCAGCACAAAGAGACCAGACGUGACCAUAUCCGCGAUUGUUGUAUCCACGUCGCUCCACGCGUCAAUCUUGCAUGAUUCCGAGGCUUUGCGCAACGAACACCCUGGCAUUGAAAGAUUCAAGAUCGCUGCCGCCAAAAAUGCAAACAAAUGGUAUUACAGUCAUGUUAAGCUCUUACCCACAUCUACGGGGCUCGUGCAGCAGUUCGAACCGUCUUCAAAUACGUUCAUCGAUCAUCCAGAAUCUCAACUUUACGACCCAAUCGUGGACUUGUCCGGUCCAUUUGCUUAUUUCCUCUCUACUGUCAAUGUCGACCGCCUUGAACCUGCAUUUCGGAUUACGCCAUUGGCUCGGGAUUUGCCAACCGAAGGUCCAUCUUGCGAUGUCGUAAUUAUCCGCCCAUUCCGUAGCAAGACUAAAAUGGAUACUCCAGAGGCUAGAGAGGCCUUCAUUCCAAGUCUAUACAGUGUUUUGGGAGGAGCGUAUCAGAACGGUGCACAUGUCAAUCUUCGGUACCAUGGAGAUGGAUCGAUUCGUACCGAUGGAGACGGCUCUUGGGUCGUAGAAUAUAUACGAUGCGGUGGCUGGGAGUGGAUCCCAGAUGAUAUUGAUGAAGGAGCUCAUUUGCUCUGUUCCGAUGGCGAAAUAUCCACUAUUCCCAAAGGAGGACGAGCAGUAUGUUCUGCUGCAUUGCCAACCGAAGGUGUUGGUUUCAUGGUAUAUUCAUGA